CAAAAGGCUAUUUCCGUUAUUUUGACUCACAGCCAAACGAAUCAGUCCGCUUUUCUCAGUUUCCCCCCGACCGCACCGUACAACCUCGCUCUUCAUCUUGUUCACUUUGCUUUUGGCUCGAAGGAUCUCCCUCCUCCUCCACCUCCUCCCUCUCUCUAGACGCUUCUGAGAUACGUUUCAAAACCCUUCCCCUCUUUCGAUUUCUAAACCCAGUCGCCCGGCCAAUUUCAUCCUCAUUUUUCUUAAUUCUCCGAAAACUCUCUCGUUCUCUGUCUUUUUAAUCUUUCUACGUGUUCCGUUUCUGCCCAUAGGUGUGUGUGGUGCCGCGUGGGAGGGUAUUUAAUUACAGGGAGAGCAAGGGAGCUCAAAAGUUGACGCCUUUUAGCGCUCCCGCACAAUGCCUGUUGAGGUGCUGAGAAUUCACUGGAAUUGGUGCCCGGAGCUGGUUCUGGUUUAGCAGGAAAUGGAGUCUUCAAGUUCCAAUCGAGCUUUUCCGUUUUACAUCGAUCUCAACGAAGCCCCCCUGCCUUCGCCCCGAGAAGCUGAUAAUGACGACGACGUUGUUAUACUUGACAGGCCGUUCCGAGCUGCUGCUGCUGCUGCUCAAGUGAAAAAUGCGGACUCUAGGCUGGUUGUGUCUCGAGGGUCUGAGGACUUCAGUAGUCCGCGUUGCUCUAUGUGUGAGCGUCGGAGGAGAGACGGGGAGAAGGAGUGGACGUGCUUGGGGUGUUUGAUUGGGAAACGUAGUGGCAGUAGUGUAGGUAGAAAUGCAGGUGACGGUGGAGCUAGGGGCUUUGGUGAAAGUGGUGACGCGGCACUUAUAGGUCUGGAUAUAAAUGCGCCCCCACCUAGGGAGCUCGAGCUUGAAGGCUUUGUUCUAGACUUGAAUGAGGAUGCCACAGUGAGGAGGCUGCAUGGCGAGCUAGACAAUAACGGCGAAUCACAAACUAGUAUUUCAUCCAGCCACGGCUGUACAUUUAUUUCCUCGACUACAUAUUCUAAGUUUCCCUUCAAGGAUAAUGGAUUUGAUAUUCAGAAAGCUUCUCUUGCUGCUAGAGCUGUUGCUAGAUCAGAAUCAGGUGAUAGUUUACAGCAGAAACCACUUUAUGAUGUAAACUUUAACAAUAAUGAUCCAGGUUCAGCAUUUGGAAAAAUGUUCUCGAUUGGUCAUUCUGAUCCGCUGAAAGAUUUUCAUCGUACUGCAAGUGAAGUGUAUCUGCAAAGCCUUAGAGAAUAUAUUGCUGAAAGAAAAGGUACAUUAGGAGGUGGAUGGAAUGUGGAGUUCAAGUAUUACCAUGAUAGAUGCAAGACACAUGCAGUAUAUAUUGGCCCUGAUGGAAGUAGUUUUGAGUCAGUGGCUGAUGUUGCUUCUCAUUUGGGGUUGCCAUCAGUUGUUCAUUCCAUAGAUGUAAGCAAUGGAUUUCCUUUAGCUCAUGAAGAAUCAAACAAUAUGCUAAGAAGAAAAGAUGCACCAGGUCCUGUUCAAUUCAAAAGCUGUAAUCAAAACUUUAAUGUUCCUGGGAGCAGUUUCCUUGAGAAUAAUGCCUCGCAAGCUAUUCAGGAUGGUUUCCCAGUACAAUUUGAAGAUUUCUUGCUUAUUUCGACGGGACAUUUGGAUUCAAAACCAUCAUACCAUAGUAGUAAUCAAAUCUGGCCUGUGGGGUAUAGAUCUAGCUGGCAUGACAAAAUUUCUGGGUCAGUAUUUGUUUGUGAUGUUACAGAUGGCGGUGAUUCUGGCCCAAAAUUUAGAGUUCGAAGGUAUCCAUGCGGCAUGCAUUCUUUCAUCACUAGUUCUACGGUCCUCUCAAGAUCACAGUCGAGGUCCUCCAGUGAGAAUGACAAAAUGGAGAAGGAUGGUUUAACUAUUUCUGGUGUGGUUUAUGAUGAUGAUAAUGUUUCUAUCCAGUUGAUAUUGGAAGACUGCGACCAGCCAGCCAUGGAUAACAAUUAUGAUUCUUAUACUGGGCAGAGAGAAGUGGAAGAUUUGGCUUUGGGAAAACUGAAUUCCAUAUUGCCAGAAAGCCUUAGAAACAAAACAUUUGAGGCCAUUGAUCAAGGAGAUAACCUAGGAGAAUUUCAUGUGGAAGGAACUUCAUUGACCUCUGUAUGGGAAAUGGUCGCCCAGAAUCUUGUACGCGCUAGCCAUGAGGUGUAUAAGCAAAAAGGGGCAGUUAGGUUCUGUUGUAGACACGAUGUUUUUGAAUUAGAUGCGAAACGACUUGAUGGGCUAGAUUCAUUAUCCAAGUUUUCUUGCUUAACAGCACCUGGUAGCUUUCGUCAGGCAGUGCACAAUGAUAGUGAGUUUAACCAAAUUCGUGAAAUGCUAGUGAAGUGGCUUGAACAGGAUAGAUUUGGCCUAGAUGCCGAUUUUGUGCAGGAGAUUCUAGAACAGCUUCCAGGCAUUUCAAACUGUACGGGUUAUAAGUUUUUGAGUGAAAGGAAGCACAAUUCAACUCUUCAAACUGUUGGAAGUGGAUUUUUUCAGUCCAGAAGGGAGAGUCAUAUGCAAGAUGGUGGGGAACCAGAUGAGUAUUUCAGACCAUCUAAAAGACUCAGAAAAUUAGAAGAGUCUGAAGUGAGAGCACCCUGUCCUUCAGGCAAGCCAUUUAUGUCAAAGCUUCCAUCAUAUUUGAUAGGCGAUGCUCUCCAGGUUUGGGAUUUUUCACUGCGUUUUUCUGUGGUGUUGGGGCUGGAAGAUCCCUUUUCUUUCCGGGAACUUGAAGAUGAGCUAUUGAGUCCUUGGCUAGAUGGGAUGAAUCCAUUUACGAAUCAUGAAUCUGAAAUGGUAGAAUCUGGUGAUGCUGCAGUAUAUGGUGGUACGGUGAAGUCUUCUCAAGCCAAUGGGACUCAUAGUCAAGACAGCAGAUGUACCGGUCUAGUUCUGGCUAAAACUCACAGUUCUCUGCUAAAUGUUUUAGUUAAGGAUCUCCUCAUGAAAGUUGCAGCGUAUGUAGACCCUAACUUUGAUGUUGGCGAAUCUAAACCCAGAAGAGGUAGAAAGAAAGAUGCUGAUAAUGUAGCCACUCUUAAGAAAGCUAAACUCGAUAUGUCUCCUGUAAAUGAAAUUACAUGGCCUGAAAUUGCUAGAAGAUACAUAUUAGCUGUAUUAUCCAUGGAGGGUAACCUUGACUCCACAGAAACUGCUUGCCGUGAGAGUGGAAAGAUUUUUCAUUGUUUACGUGGUGAUGGUGGGACACUUUGUGGGUCUCUUAUGGGAGUCGCUGCGCUUGAAGCAGAUGCUGUGCUUCUUGCAGAGGCUAACAGGAAAGUUUAUGGUUCAGCAAGGAUUGGAAGUGAUAUUGUCAGCAUGGAUGGGAAAGACCCUGAUGCGGCAUGGACAAAUGAUGGUGAAGUUCCUGAAUGGGCACUUGCGUUAGAACCAGUAAAAAAGCUGCCAACGAAUGUUGGGGCUAGAAUCAGGAAGUGUGUCAAUGAGGCUUUAGAUAGAACCCCCCCUGAAUGGGCAAGAAAAAUCUUGGAGCAUUCAAUCAGCAAGGAGGUUUACAAAGGAAAUGCAUCAGGCCCCACAAAGAGAGCAGUUGUUUCCGUCCUGGAAAAAUUAAACAAUGAAGAUAUGCAACCCAAACCUGAGAAGACGGAAAAAGUGAAGAGUGUGAGCUCUCUAUCUGAUGUCAUCAUGAAACGAUGUCAAAUUGUAUUGCGUCAAGCUGUUGCAGCAGAUGAAGAUAAAGUUUUCUGUAAUCUAUUGGGCCGAACAGUUCUAACAGCUAAUGAUAAUGACGAUGAGGGACGUCUUGGAUAUCCUGCGAUGGUCUCUCGCCCAUUGGACUUUAGGACAAUUGAUCUUAGACUGUCUGCUGGGUCUUAUGGUGGAUCAUAUGAAGCUUUUGUUGAUGAUGUUCGAGAGGUUUGGAACAAUAUAUGCACGGCAUACGGUGAUCAGUCUGACUUGAUUGAAUUGGCGGGAACCUUAUCUCAGAAAUUUGAGGAACUGUAUGUGAAAGAGGUUCUUUCCUUUGUGGAGAUGAAGGACAACAAUUGUUUAAAAAGUGAAGCUGAAAAAGAAAGUGAUGAUUUGGGUGAGUGUGUUGGUGAAAGCUCACUUCCUAAAGCCCCUUGGGAUGAUGGAAUCUGCAAAGUUUGUGGCAUGGAUAAAGAUGAUGACAAUGUUCUGCUGUGUGAUACUUGUGAUUCAGAGUACCAUACAUAUUGCUUGAAUCCUCCACUUGUCAGAAUUCCUGAAGGAAAUUGGUAUUGCCCUUCUUGUGUUGCUAAAAAAUCUGUUUGCCGAGGUUCCACCUAUAAUACUCAAUAUGAUAGUCAGUGUCAUAAAAAGAAACACAAAAAAGAAUUUACUCAUAAGCUUCUGGAGGCACUUAGCGAAUUAGCAAAGGCCAUGGAGUUGAAGGAGUAUUGGGAACUUACGGUACAGGAGAGAAUUUUCUUAAUGAAAUUUUUGUGUGAUGAGGCACUGAAUUCACCCAUUUUCCGUGACCACAUUGAUCAAUGUGCCUCUCUGUAUGCUGAUUUGCAGCAGAAGUUACGGUCACUGAAUUCUGAAUUGAAGCUUUUGAAAGUAAGGGAGGAUUUUUUCCUGGCAAACAUGGCCAAAGUGAAAAAUACUGUCCCUGGGCAUGGUGGAGACACUUGGUCUAAUGCAUUCACUUCUGGUGUUGUUUCUGAUGGUAAAUUGAAUGAGUUGAUAGAAAACAGUAAAAAGCCACUCUCAAACUGUUUAAAAGACAACCUAGAGGGUACUUGUGCAAUACAUGUUGAUCAACUUAAGUCUACUGAUGGUUUAAAUAAUUUAAAGCAUCAGCAGGCUGUGAAAGAUAAAUGUCAAUUAGAUACUUCUCAUACACAGCAUGGUAAAAAGAUAGCCAGCUUGCAAGAUGAGCUGGUGCAAGGUAGUUCUUGUAGUAAUGUUGAUUUUCAGCAGGAGUCACCAGAGAGCAGUUCCAAUUCCUUGCCAUCUACUGUGCAGGUCCUGCCUGACCACAAUUCAACUGAUUCCAAUGGCAACUGUGUGAAUCAGUCUUAUAAGGCUGGUGAUAUCAGUUUAUCUCAAGCGUUUAACAUUCAACUUGCAUCUCUGAAGGGUGAGAUUCAUUCAUUGCAGGAUUCAAUUGCCUUGAAAGAAGCAGAGCUUCAGGAUGUGUCUGUUAGAAAGGAGUUUUUGGGACGAGAUUCUGAAGGCAGACCUUACUGGAUUCUUGGCAGGGGUGAUUCUUUCCUGCAGAUAGUAGCAGCUAAUGCAGGUGUGAGUUCACAGCAGGGGAUGUCUCAUAAUUCUCAUCAUCCUCGUUUGGACAGUUCAAGACAGUCUAGUAUUUUUUAUUGGUAUGCCCAGGGGGACAAUACUGGGAUCCCAAAUUUCUGUCAAUGGACAACUUACAAAUCUGAUCAGGAAAUCAUAGAACUUAUGGAAUGGCUCAGAGAUGAUGAUGCAAGAGAGCGAGACUUGAAGGAGUCUAUUUUACAGCGUGUGGGUUAUAAGUCCAAGCAAUCUUACUUCGUGGAUAGUCUGGCCCUGAAGAAAAAAGAUGCAAACACUCGUGACUCCUCCAAAGUAAGUAAAGUUUCUAACCCUAAUUUUCCUGUCACCAAGGCUAUGACUGUCUUGUCUAAAAAAUAUGGCUCUUGCAAAGAAAUGGAUGUAACUGAAGUCUGUAACGACCCAAGGUUUCCAGUUAAUGUUCCUUGUAAGGAUGGAAUCUAUAGAUGUCUGUGCCUAGAGCCCUUGUGGGUUUCUCGUCCUCAUUGUUACUCAUGUCAUGUAACAUUUUCUAAUUCUGACGAGCUAGAACAGCAUGCCAGUGGCAAGUGCAUGGCCAACUCACAAGUGCAUGACCAGGUAGUAAUCAAACAUCCUUCCAAGCACAAAAAGUUGACAAAAAGUGAACCCUGUCAGGAUAAGUCCUCAGGCUGUAAUGGUAUUAUCAAUCAAGCAUCCAAGAGCACGAAGCCAACUAGUAUUGGGGAACUUGAAAGUGAGAGACACAGUAGCGAGCCUGCUUCCGCUGAACAUCAACUAGACCAAUCAGAUUGUGCAUUUAGUUUUGAAGAAAUCAAACGGAAAUUCAUUGUUCAAAGCUCUCUCAAGGAAGAUGUGAAGAAAAUAGGUCUGAUUGGAUCGAAUGGUGUUCCGUCAUUUAUUCAGUUUAGGUCUACCUAUCUGGAUUAUCCUGUCAUUGGGUUGUUCUCUACUACAGAAAAUGAGGUGUCUACAGAAAUCACUGCACUUGUGGAAACUUGUGAAGAGAAAUCAAAUUCUGGGCCAUGUAUUCGUGACAAUACCCACAUCUUAGAUAAAAAUAUGUCAGGGCAUGCUGAUAAUGGGACAGUUAACAAUGAACUGGAACUUGGGAGUGGAAGAAGAUUCACAUGGGUUAGUGAAGACAAUCAACUAUCGUCUGCCAAUGUGAAUGGCCAAGUACCAGGAAUAAAUAAGAGCUUUACUGUUCGUGAGUCUGCUAAAAGACCAUUGGUAGGCAGGGAUCUUGAGAUUCUUAGCCGCUUAAAGAUGAAUUUGCUUGACAUAGAUGCUGCUCUACCUGAAGAAGCUCUGAGAGCAUCAAGAUCACACUCAGACAAAAGAGGCUACUGGAGUGCAUUUGUAAAAUCUGCAGCUACAGUCUAUGAGAUGAUUCAAGCGAUGAUCACACUGGAGGAUGCACUAAAAACGGAAUACUUGAGGAAUGAUUGGUGGUACUGGUCAUCUCCUUCAGCUGCUGCCAAAAUAUCUACCCUGUCUGCCCUUGCUCUAUGGUUAUAUGCCCUUGAUUCAGCAGUCUUGUAUGACAAACAGUUGUCCAAUGAAGAGGCAGCAGAAGCUUCAAAGCCAGAACGUAAAUCAGCAAAAGCAGCAGCACCUCACAACUCCAAA